AUUUUAUUAUGAAGGUUUGGAUUGGAUAGAUAGAUUAACAACUAAGGGAAACCAACGGAGUAGCGUAAAAGUUCGUUAAUUUUCUCAAUGCUCACAAGGAAACUGGACACAACUGGACACACAACACAAAUCAAUCAGAGAAAGUUUUGAUUUUUAUUUACUCAGACACAAUCAGAAACCCUCUAAUCCAAUCUAAUCCAAUCCAAUCCUUACAUCAAGGUCAUAGAACAUCAAUGUUGCUCCCAAAUAUUGAUGGGUUUCUUCUCUUCGUAGCAGCCACACUGCAAAUGAUGAGAGUGCUUUAGGAUAUAAAUAUAAAGGAUUUCUCUUUGUGGAUUUUUGUUUUUUCUUGUUUUAGGAGUCUGGAAAUGAGCAGAGAUGAUGAUGACCCAGGAGAACAGAGCCAGUCAAAGCCACCUACAGCUACAGCACGAUCUCGGCCUUACAUAUGGCUGACCAACUUCCAAAGAGAUCUGAUGGCGGGUGCGGUCAUGGGAGGAGUGGUUCACACGAUCGUCGCCCCAAUCGAGAGAACCAAGCUCUUGCUGCAAACCCAGGAGAGUAACCUCGCAUUUGUGGGCCGUGGGGGCAGGAAAUUUAAGGGCAUGAUUGAUUGCCUCGUCCGUACCGUUAGGGAAGAAGGGGUUCUUUCUCUAUGGAGAGGCAAUGGCAGUAGUGUCCUCCGUUACUAUCCUUCUGUCGCUCUCAAUUUCUCGCUCAAGGAUCUCUAUAGAAACAUACUAAGGAAUGGCAAUCAUCAAGAUGGUCACUUUCUGUCUGGUGCGUCUGCCAAUUUCAUUGCGGGGGCUGCCGCUGGUUGCACAACAUUAAUCUUAAUCUACCCUCUUGAUAUUGCACACACCCGCCUUGCUGCUGACAUUGGAAGAACUGAUGUUCGACAAUUCCGAGGAAUCUACCAUUUCCUAACUACCAUAUGUAAGAAAGAUGGCAUUACAGGAAUUUAUAGAGGGCUUCCUGCCUCUUUGCAAGGGAUGGUAGUUCACCGGGGACUAUAUUUUGGGGGCUUUGAUACAAUGAAGGAGAUUUUGUCUGAAGAUCCUAAACCUGAGUUGGCAUUAUGGAAGCGUUGGGUGGUGGCGCAAGCGGUCACAACAUCUGCUGGGCUGUUUUCAUAUCCAUUGGACACAGUUAGAAGGCGGAUGAUGAUGCAAUCUGGUCUGGAACAACCGAUGUAUCGCGGCACACUUGACUGCUGGAGGAAAAUUUACAGGACAGAGGGGGUGGCCUCGUUUUAUCGUGGGGCACUGUCAAAUAUGUUUAGGAGUACUGGUGCUGCCGCAAUAUUGGUUUUGUAUGAUGAGGUGAAGAAGUUCAUGAAAUGGGGUGGGCUGUAGGAGAGGUAUUUUUGUUAGUUGUUCAUCUGAAAACAAGAAGAAUAGAGUACAAUGAUGAUUACAGAAGGAAAAUCUUGUAAAGGGGAAAUGAGUUCUACAAAACUAACGUAUGUCACAAGUAUUAGAUGACAUUUGCUCACCAUGUCAACUUUUGAUGCUCUGGAAAUUUACCCUUUGAUUUUUCUUUUUUUUUUUUU